AAUGGCGACGUAAAUGAUAAAUUUUAGUGUCGUGUAGGAACGUUUUGUUCUUUCUUUUGACAGUUGUGAUUAGCAGACACACCAUUUGUACAAAAUGACGGACGAUCCGAUGAGGUUUGCCCACAGCUUGAUACCAAAUCCAAACAUACCUCAUGAUUAUAAUAUAUUGGCCAAUGCCAUCUCAAACUGUUCGGGCCCGGUCGUUCAUCAGUUGUUGGAGCAGAAUCCAGACUUGGUGAAUUUAAAGGCAUGGCAUGGCCAGACUGCUCUACACAGAGCCUGCCUAGGUGGGAAUUCUGACAUUGUUGGGUUGCUGCUACAAGCUGGAAGUAAUCCUAAUGAACCUAAUGACUUUGAUGAGACACCACUACACUAUGCAGCCAAGAGAGGGAAUCUGCAAGUUUUCCAGAUGUUGGUUCAGGUUGGAGGGGAUGCAACACUUGUAGACAAGAAUGGAAAAGGGAUGAUCCAUCAUUCAGCAGAGACUGGGACUGUAUACAUGCUCCACUAUCUGUGGGAAGUUCAGCAGCUAAACCUAUCAGAUGUUGACUCCAAACGUCUCACACCUCUCCAUAUUGUGUGCAGACAUGGACAAGUGGACUCCUUGAAGUACCUUCUCAGGAAAGGGAGAAGCAACCUGUAUGCGACAGACUGUGAUGGCAACACAGCGCUGCACAUAGCGGUCCUGGAAGGCCACAGCUACAUGACCUGGUUGCUUCUGGAGGUCAUGGGGAGCAAAGUUCUGAACUUCACCAACAAUGACGGUUACACUCCUUGCGAUCUUGCAACAAUGAGAGACAAGACAGGGCACAAGGAACUUGUUCCAUUAUUGAAGCAGUUUCGGAGGAAUCCCACAGCCCACCCCCGUGGCCCUGUGUUGAAGUGGUACUGCUACCUGCUGCUCCCUGCUGUUGUAUUUGCUGUGUCAGUGUUGGCGUCCAGGCUUUUGAUGGACAAGUAUCAGGGCGUACUAGUGUUUGGGAGUCUUGGGGCACUAUUGUUCCAUCUCCGAGAACAGAUGCACAGAUUCACCGACAUUAGCAGGUGGCCAAACCCUGUACAUGCUGGGACGUUUGCAGCUGGCCUCUUCCACACCGCCUUCUACUUCUUCGUAGCCAUCAUGCCUUACAUGACACAGCAUCUCUACAUCAUGUGCCUCACCCCAACGUAUGCAGUCGGCCUCGUCUACCUCUACUGCACAAUAUUGUUCACUGAUCCAGGUUCUGUAUCCCAGUCUGACGUAGAUGAGAAAACACUGAAGCCCCUCACCAUCCUUGACCUUAGUCACCCUGGUAAAAAACUAGAGCAGUUUUGUAUAUUCUGUGAGAUAGUGCGUCCACCUCGAACCAAGCACUGCCGACUGUGUAACAAGUGUUUCCGAGACAUGGACCACCACUGUCUGUUCCUGCUGCAGUGUAUCGCACAGAAGAACCACCUCCGCUUCAUCUGGUUCAUCGCUCUCAACAUCAUCGCCAUGGUGAUCUUCCUCGUCCUCUCAGCAGCACAACUGUUUGAAAUAUACCCAAAACUGACAAUAUUUGAAAUGGGCAUCACUCUGUUUCACAGCAAUGCAUGGCAUCUGUGUCUAAUAGGACUCAACAUAGCUUCCAUCUUCUGGGGCGUCAAUUUACUACUGUUUCAAUUCCGGAUGGUUGGGAAUGGUUUUACCACGUUCUAUCAACCAAAGCAAAAUGUGGAUGUUCUCACAUCUAUGGAGAAGUGUAUGAAUGUUCUGUACUUUCUGUUAGGCAGACGACCUUUUGCAAGAAAUCCGUUUUUAGGAAAGGAAAUGAAUGUAUAAGAAAUCACCAUUUUAUUGCAUUGUGAAGCUAUGUAUGUCUGUUAGGAAGUUGUGGUUUUCCUGACAACUAAACCCAAUGCUUUUGUGAAAGUAUUUUGAUAAAUAUUGUGGCUUGAUAUUUAUAUGCAAUGAAUAAUAACAAGAUGAACUUGAACUUGCCUGAGAGCAGUUAUGUUAUGUAUUACUGAUAUUUGUCUGUUUCCACAUGUUUCAUUGCAUCUUUCAUUUGGCAUAACCUACAGCCAGCAAGCCAGUGCUGCUUGUGCUGUGUGAGACUGGUAUGUAAAAGUCAGUGUGUAAAACGUUCGAAACAGGCAGCUUUAUUUCAUUUGAUAAUGUACAUUCGAAAUGAUUUUUGGUUUUGAUGCCACAAUGGUUAUGAAAUUCACAAUACUACAGAUGCAUCUAUGGUAAAACUUGUCUGUUGUGUUUAAAUAUGCAUUAAAUGUUAUGAAGAUGUGAUCUUUUGUUGAACCACAACCAGUCAUAUGACAAUGUUCACAAGUGUCAUGCUGGAAGGCUAAUGCGAGACUUUGGCCAAGAAAGGCUUGUAAUUUCUUUUCUUCACACUUUUAAUGUUAAUAGAGUAUUUUCACCUUUCUUUACAUUGAAACCAAAAAGUUUAAAAUUUACCUAAACUAUAUAUUUUGUACAUUGGAUUUUUUACCAUUUAUGGUUAUUCAUGGCGUAUCUUCAUGAUCUGGCGUCUUGGGACUGUCCUCUUGGAAAUAAAGAAUUUGUCCAAAUUUGACAUGGGUAACACACUGAGUGACUGCAUAGCUAGAGUUGCUACACUCCAUUGUCUAUAUCCCAGUAUAGGGCUCAGGUCUUGUAUUUACUGCAUUAUGAAACUAUGUGAAUAAGGUAAUCAGUAAGUGAUAUGCUAUAAAACAGUAUACAAAUUUCAGUCAUCAGAUAGAUGGAGUUGGGUCUUUAAUGGCUUGAAUUCAGCCUGUAUGGUAUGCCAGUGGACUUGCGUCCAGUCCCUUCUGUAUUUGCUUGGAACAGUAUUUCACAGUCUCAAUUAAAGUCAAAUCUUUUCGAUAACUCUCUGUAUGAAGAACUCAAUGAAUACAAGGUGUCUAAAUUUGAGGUACAAGUGAGUGAAGUAUUUUGAUAAGCAUAUCUGAUUUCUUUACCUUAAAAUGAAAUAUGAUGGAAAGCAAAGUUAAGUUGUGCUAUUGUAUUGCUGUGGAUGUUUUACACACUCCUGAUGUUUCUUAGCACCAUGACAUCUACUCCCAAAAGAUUAUACAAUUAUUGUGUUCUGGGGUAGUUUUCUUUUUCUGAGACUGAAAUUUCCAAAUCUUGAUGAUAAAGAAAUUAAGCCAAAUUGUUUUAGAUGGCUGACAUCUGAAUCUCUCAAGAGCCAAGCAUCCUUCAGUUUGACUGGACAAUCAAAGCUGGAUCAGGGUUCACCUCAUGCACAAAUUCAUGUGGGUGUCCUCAUAUCUUGAUGCUAAGAUGUAUCAUUUGUGUGUAAACAAUCUCAUUUAAAUGGAAUUGGCUCCCUUGCAGUAUGUCAGCAUAAUGGUUGUGAAGCAGAUUAAGAUGUCAGCCACUUCGAUAGCACUGAGCCACUGACAAGCAACACAUAAUUGAUGUAAGGCUGGGGAAAAAGACCCAUCACUGAUUUGACAAGAGGAUACUACAAAAAUAUAGACAGCAUUCUGGAUCAAAUCAAUAAAUAUUCAUUAACUUACACCAAAAACAGUUGAAAUAAACAAAUCCCCUUAAAACUCAGAUACUGACAUCUCCUUCCAAAGAAUGAAUAUAGACUUCCAGAAGAUGCUGGGUCAUAUUAAUGGUGUAGACAAAGACCUGGUGUCUACAGAGUGGGCUGUAGAUCUCCAGUCUGCUCAUGUGUUUGAUUCAGACUGUAUAUCCCAGCUUAUACUGAUCUGUUCUCAUUGCUGGUUAUGAUGCUUCCAUCUUCAAGGUGCUUAUUCCAAACUGUGUGCUGAAUUACUGUCCACUAUGUGUAGCUUUUGUAACUGUGCAUCUACAAUCUGUGUUUUGUCACAGAGAGAUGACCAGUGUAAACCAGAUGUAGUUUGGGUGUUGUAUUUAUUACCUGGUUUCUUGGUGUAAAACCUGAUAAUUGAUGAUCAGAACCUGAUACAGGCUGUUCAAAGGUUGAAAUGAAUGUUUGUUUUAAUUGUUGAUUGGAUGGUCACAAUGUCUGACCCAAUUGGUCAAACCUAAACACUGACAGUGCACUUUUUAUAUGAUUUACAAGCUGUACAUGAACAUUGAGAAUUUUGUGGUUUUCAUCUUCUUUUUAUUGUUUGGUGCAACGUUUCAGGGCUUGUUCUGGCCCCGUCAUCAGGUAGAACUAAAGAACAGUGUUCAGAACAAGCCCUGAAAUGUUGUACAAAACAUUAAAAAGAAGAUGAAACCCAGAAAAUUCUCUAUGUUCAUCAAAUAGCAUCUUCUAAACUGCCAAUCAAACAUCUAAGCUGUACAUGUUAAGUGUUCAUCAACGUCCAUGCUGGUGUAUGGUCAGCAUAUCUUUUCACCUAAACUAUGUUAUAUCUUGUAUUCAUGUGCUGAAAUCCACUGAUGCAUCAGGCAUGACCACCAUUGUAACAUAAAGCCACUUGAUGGCUGUCACAGAUUAUCCAGGGAUGAGAAUUUUCCGCAGAUCUGCAGAUUUGAUUGCACUGGGGUCAUUGGAUCUGGCAUGGGGACCUAAAGUCCCAAACACCUCCGGCUCAUUUGCCUCGUUUUUCACUCAUAACCAUCCUCAUCCCUGAUUAUCUCAUCAUUGGUUCCAGAUUGUCUGGACAUUUUGUAAGCAGUAUAUAAAGUGUCAAUCUUCAUGUAUCAAAUUUUUAUUGUUGAAAUUUAUUUCAUCAGUGUACCUAUGCAUGUAUUGGUGAUAUCGCCAGUUUGGUUAUAUACAUGUAUUUCAGCACAAUGGCUGAAGGUGACAGUCUGAAUCUUGAAGGUCAGUUGCAGCAUGUAAAGGUGGUCAGCAUUAAAUUGAAAUUUGACAGCAA